AUGCCGCCCCACCAACGGGCCGACGGCGGGUUCCCCGCGCCUUCCAUGCAGCCCAUAUCAGUCGACUUCAUCGAAAAUCGAGAUGCAGGAUUCCGCAAUGCCGAAGGCGAGCUGCCAUGCAAUUUCGAUCCGAGCUCUCAAAAGUUCGUAGCUGCUCCGUUCGCUUUUGGUGGGGCGGUGCUCGACCACGAAGAAGAAGCAUUACGGGAGAGCAAACUGAGAGUAGUUGCAACGAAGGAGAGCUUCGCCCACGCCCUCGCAGCUCUGAAAUCGAAGAAGAAAUCCAAAAACGAGGCGAUAGCGAAUUUUGACUUGAAUUCCUAUCACGACUGGGAAGAGAUCACUGAGCACAUAGACCUGGUGGCCAUGACGCAACAUGCCGAAAUCCGCGAGAAGAUGGCGGAACUGUUGAAGGAAGUGCCCGAAAUUGUCAAUCAGUGCGAACAAUACCAGACACUCUAUCCCGGACGUAACACCAUACAGUUGUGUGUGAACGACAUCUAUAUCAAUCUCCUUCUGGCCCUGGAGGAAAUUAUUAGAUGGUAUACACAGUCUUCCUGGAAACACACCAGGGACAGUAUCUCGAAGAACAGUAACUACUCAAAGGCGAUCGAUGAAUGCCUCAAACGUAUUCGCCAGUCCAAAACUCGCUUCCUGGAGGAGACUCAAUUAUAUUCGGCCUGGGUUCAACGCGCUACACUCUCUACAGUACUCCAGACCAAUGCCCAAAACUUUGAAACUAAUUCAACAAUGCACGGCAUUGAUGGAAGUCUGACUGAGUUUCGGGCGGAGUACAAAGACACAAUGAAGACAUAUGGGGAAGGGAUGAAUGCACUUAUGGAAACUUUAGACGACGUGGUGAAAAAUGCCAAAUGGCAUGACGAGAAAUUGCGCUAUGCUGAAGUCUUGAGACAGCAAGAACUGAACGCCGCAAGUCAGCAACAAAGGAUAAUGGAGCUUGAAGAGCAAGUUGCCAAAGCAGCUACCACCCCGCAGCAAUUUAUGGAAGAAUUGCGACUAAAGCCGGCCAAGCAUACACAUGUAUCAGAAGUCCCUAUGGUGCGCAAGCAUGGAUUGAACAGCUCAACCAAAUUCCAAAACCGCGCCGGUUGGGUGGGCAACACCACCGAGUUCCGAGACUGGUUGGGAGGGCCAGACAAAUCUCAGAUACUGUGCGUCCAGGGCCACGGCGCAUUCGAGCCAACAUCGCCGCUGAGCUUCCUCAUAUCACUCCUUUACGAGAAGCUGGAACAGGCGCCGCGCACGCUGGUCCUUCCCUUCUUCUGUGGACGAAGCACCGUAAGCUCCGGACCAGCGAUCAUGGCAAGAGCAUUAUUCGUCCAACUGCUCGCGAUGUGCGAUAAAGAUGGGCAUACUGGCGAGAGAGGGCGGCCUUUACUGUCAUUUCUUGGACACGACGAAAAGGCGCAGAUGAAAGAGCUUGACCUCGAGACGUACACGGACGCGCUCGCGCAUCUUCUACGAGAUCUGCGGAAGGACUAUAGCGCCAUGUUUAUCCUGAUCGACGGUAUCGAGUAUUAUGAUUCAAAGUGGGAGGACGAAAUGGAUGACUUCGUUAAGAGCAUAAGGAAGCUGGGCAAAUCGUUCAACAAGCCAGAUGAAGAAACAUCUGGUGGUGUUCUAAGGGUGCUUCUGACAGCUUCCUCAUGGUCGAGGCGCUUCUCGCCUCCUCCGAAAUCACUGGCUGUACUUGAUGUGCCCGAAUAUAUAGAUAGUUCUCUGGACGGGUUUGAGAGGUUUGCGUAA